AUGUCCCGUGACCCCCCAGCAGAAAGAAAUUCUCCCGCAGUAAGGGAGGCGAGACACGCGUACGCUACGUGGAUGCUGGCGACGGGUCUACAGCAGCAACUAGUAUACAUUGAUGAGACAGGGUUCAAUCUGUGGACCAAGAGGACGUACGGCAGGGCAAGAUGCGGGGAGCGUGUGCAUCGCGCCGUUGGUGGACAGCGUGGCAGAAACACGACAGUGAUUGCUGCGAUAGCUGAACACUGUGGAAUACUCUAUCACGAAAUUCACUAUGGUUCAGUGACGAAGGAAGUAUUCAGUGAUUUCAUCGCAUCACUUGCAGCAAUAAUCGGAGACGCAAGAUCCAUACUUGUUCUAGACAACGCUCCAAUUCACAACGGUAUCGCAGCAGUCUAUCCCGAGCUGAAUUUUAAAUUUCUCCCUCCAUACUCUCCUUACGCCAUGAUGGUGCACACCACGAUUGUUUAUACCAUGAUGGUAUACGCCAUGGUGGUAUACACCAUGAUGGUAUACACCAUGAUGGUAGAAGCCAUGAUGGUAGAAGCCAUGAUGGUAGAAGCCAUGAUGGUAUACACUAUGAUGGUAGAAGCCAUGAUGGUAGAAGCCAUGAUGGCCUCUGAGUCGCACAUGUACUGUGCACUAGGAAUCCCAUCAUCAUUGCAGACAGAGACUAAGAUACGCUGA